AUGAAUUCUCGAUUGAAUUUCCCUGUUCGCUCUGCGGAAGCGAGCUCAUCGGGGUUCCUCGAGGAGGGAGCUGUGCGCUCUUCGAUCCUUCUCCUGGAGCUACAAUCUCCUACUGAAGCGGCGUGGCCGGAUUUAAUGUCACGGUUGGAGAAGUUGAGGACAGGAGUUUUGAGACCUGUCACCGUCGUGAUUUCAAGCAAAGACCUAUCUUAUCUGGAUCGACCCGAUGUCGCAGGAUCAAACGUUAUCUUCUUUGACACCUCACUGGAAUCGUUGACUAGAGUGCAUCACGCAGAAGGUGGUGAGGGAACUGAUGGCGACAACCAAGCUGCAAACCAUGCUACAAGAGGCGUUCUGGCAGGGAACUCGACAACAAGGACUGUUAUGGCAACUGCCGAUUUCCAAGCAUCUGUCGGCCUCCCCCGUCGGGGCCGAUUCUCCAAAGAGCAGAUUCAGUUGAUUCGGGCGCAAGUGCGUGCUGCUCACCAGCAUGGACUGCUGGCACGGUAUACCGGCAUCCAAUGUCAUCCGCGACGAUUACGCAGGUUGAUCUUGCGAGUACUAGCUCAGGAAGGGGUUGAUUUAAUUGAGAAUGACCAGAAAGAUUGCGAGCGACCGUGGUGGAACUCGUCCUUGGGGGACGGUGAAGGUAGCAGAAGAGUACCUGGAUUUCUAGAUUAG